CUGCUGCUGAGGCCCCCCUCAGGGCCUAGGAGGAGUCCAUGGCCCCCUCGGCGGGACGCUCCCAGCCCCGCUGUCCGUUCCUCUGGCAGGGUUUGCUGCUCCUCUGGGCAGGAAGCGUGGCGUCCAGGAGCCCCGGCUGGACGCUGGAGCCGCCGUGUCAGAGGCCAAAGCAUCCGCUCGUCUCGCACACAGAGAUUGAGCCAUGGAUCCACAGGUUCUGGGCAGAAGAUACAGUGGAUUAUUCACAGCUGAUCGUUGAUCCUGGCCAGUACGAGCUCAUCGUGGGAGCCAGAAAUCACCUCUUCAGGUUGAGUUUGGAGGACCUUUCCCUGAUCCAGGAAGCUGAAUGGCCGUGUGAUGAAUUCACAAAGGGAGCGUGUUUCAGCCGCGGAAAGUCGGAGGAGGAAUGCCAGAACUAUAUCCGAGUCCUGCUUGUUAGCGGAGAUCGGCUCUUCACCUGCGGGACCAACGCGUUCACACCAAUUUGCACCAAUCGCACGCUGACCAACCUCACCGAGAUCCAUGACCAGAUCAGUGGCAUGGCCCGGUGCCCGUACAGCCCCCAGCACAACUCGACUGCCCUCAUCACCUCCAGCGGUGAGCUCUAUGCCGCCACAGCAAUGGACUUCUCUGGACGGGACCCUGCCAUCUACCGCAGCCUGGGGGGCCUGCCACCCCUGCGCACAGCACAGUACAACUCCAAGUGGCUCAAUGAGCCCAACUUUGUGUCGUCAUACGACAUUGGGAAUUUCACGUACUUCUUCUUCCGUGAGAACGCCGUGGAGCACGACUGCGGGAAGACAGUUUUCUCGCGCGCGGCCCGCCUGUGCAAGAACGAUGUGGGGGGACGCUUCCUGCUGGAGGACACCUGGACCACUUUCAUGAAGGCGCGCCUCAACUGCUCCCGACCAGGGGAGAUCCCUUUUGACUACAACGAGCUGCAGGGCACCUUCUUCCUUCCUGAGCUGGAGCUGCUCUACGGCAUCUUCACCACCAAUGUGAACAGCAUCGCCGCCUCUGCAGUGUGUGUCUUCAACCUUAGUGCCAUUGCUCAGGUGUUCAACGGGCCCUUCAAGUAUCAGGAGAAUUCACGGUCUGCUUGGCUGCCAUAUCCGAACCCCAACCCAGACUUUCAGUGUGGCACAAUAGAUUAUGGCUCAUAUGUGAACCUGACAGAGAGGAACCUUCAGGAUGCCCAGAAGUUCAUCUUGAUGCACGAGGUGGUGCAGCCCGUGACACCUGUGCCACACUUCAUGGAGGAUAACGUGCGUUUCUCCCACGUGGCCGUGGACGUGGUACAGGGCAAGGACAUGCUUUUCCACGUCAUCUACCUGGCUACAGAUUAUGGGACCAUAAGGAAAGUGCUCUCCCCGUUGAGCCAGAAGAUGGGCAGCUGUCUUCUGGAAGAGAUCGAACUCUUCCCCCCUGGAAAACAGCAGCCAGUCAGGAGUCUGCUCAUCCUGCACAGCCGUAGUGUCCUGUUUGUGGGCAUCCAGGACCAGGUGAUCAAGAUCCCUCUUGUGCGCUGCAGCUUCCACAAGACCCGAGAGGCCUGCGUGGGAGCCAGGGACCCGUACUGCGGCUGGGACCUCGUGCUCAAGAGAUGUACGGCCUUGGAGGAGAGCCUCAGUAUGAGCCAGUGGGAGCAGAGCAUCACCGAGUGUCCGAGAAGGAACUUGACAGUGGAUGGGGGGUUUGGCCCCUGGUCAGCAUGGAAGACCUGCAGCCAGCGGGAUGGGGGCAGCAUGGGCACUUGCGCCUGUCGAACCCGAGCCUGUGAUAGCCCCAGUCCACAGUGUGAUGGUCAGACCUGCCAGGGCCCAGCAGUGGAGGUCGCCAACUGCUCCCGGAACGGUGCCUGGACCCCCUGGACUGCAUGGGCACCCUGUAGCACCAGCUGUGGCAUCGGUUUCCAGGUCCGCCAGCGCUCCUGCAGCAACCCCUCCCCACGGCACGGGGGCCGUGUCUGUGUGGGCCAGAACCGGGAGGAGAGAUACUGCAACGAGCACCUGCCCUGUCCGCCACAUGUGUACUGGUCCAGUUGGUCGCCAUGGGAACGCUGCACUGUACCCUGUGGCGGGGGCAUGCAGGCACGCCGCCGGACUUGCGAAAACGGGAACGAGUGUCCCGGUUGCAAUACGGAGUACCAGACCUGCAACUCCAUCCCCUGUCCAGAGCUGAAGAAAACCACGCCUUGGACGCCUUGGACACCAGUCAACAUCUCAGACAAUGGUGGCCAUUACGAGCAGCGGUUCAGGUACACCUGCAAGGCAAGAGUGCCAGACCCCGGGCUUCUGGAGGUGGGCCGGCAGAGGAUCGAGAUGCGCUACUGCUCUAAUGAUGGCUCCACUGGCUGCUCCACUGAUGGUGACCUCCUACGGUCAGGUCGGGUUGCAGUCCACGCGGUCAAUGGCGGCUGGUCAGCUUGGUCAUCCUGGUCUCAGUGCAGCCGAGACUGCAGCCGCGGCAUUCGCAGCAGGCGCCGCACGUGCACUAACCCUGAACCCAAGUACGGGGGCCUGCCUUGCCCAGGACCUGCUCUGGAGUACCAGGAGUGCAACAUCACACCCUGCCCUGUGGACGGAAGCUGGUCUUGCUGGUCGCCGUGGUCCAAGUGCUCAGUGACAUGCGGAGGGGGUCACUACAUGCGCACGCGCAACUGCAAUAACCCCCCACCAGCUUACGGUGGGGACAUCUGUUUGGGCUUGCACACCGAGGAGGCCCUGUGCAACACCCAGGCAUGCCCAGAGAGUUGGUCGAUGUGGUCAGAAUGGUCUCGCUGCGACUCUUCAGGGAUGCAGACGCGCCUCCGCCACUGUGACGUCCUCUUCCCAACAGGCACCCAGUGUUCAGGCAACAGCUCGGACACUAGGCCCUGCCCAUUGGACUCCAACCUCAUCCCAGAAGUGUCUAUUGCACGAUCUAGCCGAGAAGAGAGGCGAUGUGGAGAUUUCAACUUGUUCCACAUGAUCGCUGUUGGUCUGAGCAGCUCCAUCCUGGGCUGCCUGAUCACCCUGCUGGUCUACACGUACUGUCAGAGGUACCAGCAGCAGUCCCAUGAUGCCACAGUCAUCCACCCCAUAUCCGCUGCCCCGCUCAACACCAGCAUCACCAACCACAUCAACAAGCUGGACAAGUAUGACUCAGUGGAGGCCAUCAAGGUGUUCAAUAAAAAUAACUUGAUUUUGGAAGAAAGGAAUAAAUACUUCAACCCACACCUUGCCGGGAAAACAUACACCAACGCCUACUUCUCAGAUCUCAAUACCUAUGAUGACUACUAAGAUGGCCUUGGAUGAACCUGUGUGUUGAGUAAAUACAUAUAUAUUUUUUGCUUUGUGAUUUUUAUUGAGAUUUUGCAGCACUUCAGCGUGGGACCUCCUCGGCUGAAUCAUCGGCUGCUGUCGACUCAUUGACAGGAAUGGCCAUUUAUAGACCCCAGAUGGAGGGAAUCACAUCUCUUGUUCUGUGCAGAGUCCCCAGAAAACUCAGCCUGCGGGAGUUUUAGUCUUUGUUCUCUACCUCCGUGUUUGAAAGUGAGGGAGAUGUACAGAGGGUGCUCAUGGCAACAAUAACAAAAGACUACGGACGGGGGAUUAAACGUGACUUCCCACUUUCUCAACAAGUUCCACAAAGAGCAGCAGCCAUUUUUGGGAGAUACCACGAGACUGCAACUGCAUGAUGUUUAUUGAGCGUCUUACCUCUUGCUUAUUUUGUUUUGCAUGGUCAAUGGCAUUCCAGUGUCCCGGAGCUACCAUUCCCGAAUUUGUCUGCAGCAGCGUACGGGUGGCCGCGGAUCGGUACACGCCAUCUGCAGAAUUGGCUGCUCAACCCCCUGACAGAGCCAGACAAUCAACCUGUACAUAUAUUUUACGGUCUCUGGCCAGACACGUUCCUCUUCUGAUUACUGUACCAGCUCCUUGUUAUUACAGUCAUUCAGCAAUGGUCACUUAUUGGUGAAGCAGUUUGAUUCUAAAACUGAAUUUACUUUGCAGUUGUAUGUUUUGUUGCUUCUGUUUGGGGGAGAAAAAAACAAAACGUAAUUGCAGCAUUUCUCCAGUUUUCUUUUGUUGACUUUAAGCCCGAAAUAUUGCCAAUAAAUGGAAAAAACUGUUGGCUUCCAGCACAAGAAAACAUUAAAGGACCCUGGCCUCUUUCUUCCAUUCUGAAUCUGCCUUCCUUGGUUAGAAAAGGAGAAAUGAUUGCAUAUGUGAAUUUCCAUCAUUGAAACGUUUGCUGGGACAGUAUGUUGGAAGCGAGCUUUUCAGGUGCUUCAGUAAGGUGUAUGACUUUAUUGUAGUUCAUUUUUUAUUACCACUAAUUUUUGUUUGCUAGUUUAGCAUAAACUUUAAAAAGUCUCAGAUGUCUCAUUAGCUGUUGUAGCCUGUUGUAGAUCUAAGUUUAUUAAAUUGUUCAGUAGGUAUAACCACAGCAGUGGUCUCCGUCAACCUUUAACCUGAUGGGCCAUCUGUCUAAAAUGGUAAUUGAGUCUCUUUAAUUUGCUAUCACAGGCUCCCUGCAGAGAAAGAAUGCUGAUUAUGCAGAACUGUAUGAUAAGAUGAGGUGAGAGGUGUGAGGGGAGUCUCCACCAGAGGUGACCUUAACUCAUCCUUAAUAUAGUUUUGUGGCAGACGAUCUUUGUUUGUUGGUGCCUCUAAUAUGUGCUCGCAAGUGCGUGCGCGCGUGUCUGCAACAGUCUCUCUAUCUGUCUGUCCAACCACUUGUCUGUUUACCUGGGUGAGGUUGUGUGUAUGAACGAGAAUGUAUGUGGAGGUCAAGGGUAUUGUUUUUGUGUCUUA